AUGAACCAAUUUUCUUCUAUCCUGCGGCCUGCCGUUCGCAAAGGGCCUCGGUAUUCCGUCCGCCCGUUUUACACUACUCUUUUGGUAUUCGCGGUCCUUGUUGCACUAAGCUGGGCUCUGCGCAGCAACAUCAUUGGACAGUCCCCGCGACGUACUACUACAAAUGUGUUCCUGGCCAGGCGGCAAGGUGAACCUGAGUGCCGCGAAGUUCGUGAUGUCACGAACCAAUGCGCGUUUAUACAUACAAAUUGCCCCGACCACCAAGAUGGACUAUUCUCCUACUUGCAGCUCUAUUACUGCACGUUGGCAGAUGCGAAACCUCUAGCUUUCGCCAUCUUGCUCUUUUGGCUAGCACUCCUUUUCAGUACAAUUGGUAUAGCGGCCAGUGAUUUCUUGUGUAUUGACCUAAGCACAUUGGCGAGCAUUUUGGGGUUGAGUGAAAGUCUUACUGGCGUCACUUUCCUCGCGUUUGGCAACGGCAGCCCUGAUGUAUUUUCCACAUUCGCCGCAAUGCGCUCAAAUAGUGGUAGCCUGGCGAUUGGUGAGCUAAUCGGUGCAGCCAGCUUUAUCACCACGGUCGUGGCUGGUUCCAUGGCUUUGGUCCGACCUUUUAAAGUGGCACGGCGAAGCUUUGUCCGAGACAUUGGGUACUUUGUGGUUGCUGUCAUUUUCAGCAUGUUCCUGUUGGCCGAUGGCCGACUUCAUGUAUGGGAGUCAGCUGCCAUGGUGGGACUAUAUGUGUUUUAUGUCCUGAUGGUUGUAAGUUGGCAUUGGUAUUUGGUCCGGCGCCGUCGGAAGUACGAAAGAGACCUCGCAGCACGGACCCACUUCCACAUUCCCGAAAACCAAGAAUUGGAUGUUGAAGAGCCGAUGGAGGAUGACGAUCCCGGAGUUGCUUCGGAAUCGCGAAGUCUUCUCCGUGGUGCAUCCACUGAUGAUUUUGACCUUUUGGAACGUGUUGAGGCACUUCCCAUCUGGAAAGAACAAGAGGACGAGGAUGAUGAAACCCGUAACCGUUAUCUUGCUGAAAUCAGUGACAACAUGCAUGUUUAUCGCCCACCUAAUCGGUCCAGACGAAACACAAUGAAUCCCAUUCGGCCCAGUCUUGUCGGAGCACUGGAAUUCCAGUCCGUGCUCCACUCACUUCAAAAAUCAAGAUCGACGAAUCGCAACCCAACCAUUAGCCUGAAUAGCUACUCGGACGAUGGCGAAAACUCUCAAGCUUUCGACACUCGAUCAAUUGCAUCACACCCUCGAGCCAGUAGACCACCUGCUGUCAGCGAUCGCCUGUCGCCGUCAAGUGCAUCGGGCUCCUCACGAGUUCGUGCCGUAUCAGCUAAUGAUGCCGAAGGGCUACAACUUGAUGCCAGUGUACUAGGCCGCCAAACAGAGCAGACCCCACGCCUGACUGUAACGCGGCCCUCCAAUGGACCCGGUGACGAGAUGCUUCCCCGCAUAGACACUACUGCUGCAUUGACGGCAUCGCCAUCGUCUUCCGUAUUGUCAUCUCCAAUUUUAAGUCCAGUGGAUUUAGUUCCUCAGACUCCAGAUCUGUUGGCACCCCCAGGAGCUUUCCAAUCUCCCAAUUAUCUUACUGGUGCGACACACGGGCGAUCCCCCGCUCCUGUAUCCCCGCGAGGGGGCUCCAGUCUUCGGAAUGGAGCCACACCAGAGAGCCCAUCUGCGCCAUUUCCUGCGUUCAUUGACCUGCCAUCUGGACAUGGAACAUCUUCUCGCCCAGCUAGCAUUAGACUCCCUUAUGCAGCUAGCCCAUCGGAACCUUUUCUGGUUCAUGAUAAUCUCGAUGACAUGGACAAUGAUGACUCCUCAUUCAAGAAUCAUCUGAAGCGGUGGUGGCCUUACUCAAUCCUGCCCCCUCCCUCAAACAUCGCUUGUACCCUUUUUCCAACCCUGACUGGGUGGAAGUCAAAGAGGAUCAUGGAGCGAGUUCUGGGGAUUGUCGCUGCGCCCAGUGUAUUUCUUCUCACAAUCACCGUCCCAGUCAUUGAACCUGAAGCUCCUGAAUCCACAGAGCCGGAUAUGAUACCUGCUGUGGUAAUUGACGGAGUCCAAGAAAAUGAUAAUUCCGAACCGAGGGUCAGACUACCGGCUGAUAGUCCUGUGCUUUCACCUACUAUUUUGCAUAGCCGUCACGAAUCCUUCCCUCAUCUAUCAAGGUCACAAUCUCAUCGAAAGUCGACGAUUCGGGAUCAGACUAGUCGUCCGCGCUGGGACUCGGAGCUCCCGCCCCCACCACCGGUCGUGUCUGAUUCCUCUAUGCCUGUUAGGGAUUGGAACCGCUGGCUUGUUAUUGUUCAACUUUUCACCGGUCCUUUCUUUUUUGUCCUCAUUGCAUGGUCAAGUUUUGACGAAGAACUAAAUCCCCGAAACCUUCUCCUCCCGUCACUUGUUUCCCUGCUUUUCUCUUUUGUGUUUCUCUCGAUUCUCCUCACCACCACACGACGUCGUCGUUCUUGGCACCGACAGAGCUACAUAGAUCCAUCCAACCAUCAGCGCCAUGAGUCGGUUGAUGAGGUUUCACACCCAUCUCUUCCGGCCUCGUGGAGACCAUUCCUGUCUCUACUUGGAUUUUUGGUUGCCAUUUCCUGGAUUGCAACAAUCGCCACUGAAGUGGUUUCUUUGUUGAAAACCUUCGGUGUAAUCCUCGAUAUCUCUGACUCGCUGCUUGGCUUGACUGUCUUUGCGGUCGGUAAUUCUCUCGGUGACCUUGUUGCAGAUAUCACCGUUGCCCGACUUGGAUACCCCGUUAUGGCUCUCAGCGCGUGCUUUGGUGGUCCGAUGUUGAAUAUCUUGCUUGGUAUUGGCCUGGGGGGCCUGUAUAUGACAUUAAACGGUGGCAACACACGGAGGCAUGGAACUGUUUCUUCAGAACCAGUCUCAUAUGAGAUCGCCAUUUCCAACGUGCUGGUCAUAAGUGGCGCUACUCUUCUACUGGUUCUGAUCGGUCUUUUAAUUGUCGUCCCUUUGAACGGCUGGCGAAUGGACCGCAAGAUCGGUUGGGGUCUCAUCGCCGUGUGGUGUGUGAGCACUGUUGGCAAUGUCGUUGCAGAGAUUGUAUCAUGA